AUGCGGUUGUUUCCCGUUUUGAGGAGUCGGCCAUGUCCAUGUUGGUGUUUCACCCAUGCAUCUUCAUGUCCUUUGUGGCCGUUUCAUCUUGUCUCAUGUCGCCUCAACAGCCAAAUUGGUGUAAAUUACUUCUGUUGUAGAUUUCUUCGGAAUAACAGGAUCGCUUCUAUAACAACGGACACUUUUGCUUCUCUCACCGAACUAAAAUAUCUGUAAGAUAAAUGUGACUGUUGUGAUCGUGACCAGAUACCUGACUCUGUCAGCAGUGAUUAUUUAAUUUGCUACGACCAAAAUUUAAACACGAAUAAAGGAGGGAUUGGAAGGGCGAGGAUGAAAUUAUUUUUGGCAUGCAGUUUAAGAGAAAACAACAGCAAUUUCUGGAAGGGGCCGGGUGGCUGUCCAAGCUUUGAUUCAGAAAACACUAUUGAAAUAUUGUUUGCGGCAAAUUACCUCAUCCCCCGUAGUACGGUGCUCACAGCUACCCCUCCACCUCGUAAUCAUACGCUUUCAUUAAUUUAAUAUCGGCAGUUUACUUACUUCUUAGUAUUUUACGUACACUUAUAAAAACACUAAAACCCCAUUUCUAUACAACAUUUACCUUCGAUAAUCCCAUUUGAAACAGAACUUUCCACUUCGGUAUCAAAAUCAGUGAACUUAACUGAAAUACUUCUGCAUUUCAACACUAAAGACAGCCAACGUUUUUGAGGAAAUGAAAUCCAUAGCUUGCAUCCAUUCCAAAGUUCCACCUUCUUCAACAUCAACUGUUUCAUUUUGAAUUUUACUAGUUCAGACAGGCUGAAAGAACGAGGUUAUAGGUGGAGAUGUCGCCAUAUCGACUUCAAUUUCUGAAAGCAAUUUGAGAGACUAGCAACUGCACGCCGGUCGGGCAUCACUACUUUGCGAGCUGAAACGAGCAGUCCAUUGGAGGGUAACCCCCAAAACUACAGUUUUGAAUAUGCUGAAACUGUUAAUGGUGCCAAAAUGUAACACGCUUUUAUAAAUGGAAAAAAAAAUCAACUAGUUGAACCAAGUAGGUAUGACAGGGUCUACCCCUCCCCACCCUCCUUGUGGAUCCGCCACUUUAUUAUGGAGAACACCAAUCAGGUUGUUAGACUUUUUUUUACCAUAUUUGGCUAACAAAGUUUCAAAAGUCUACAGGAGGGAACCCUCAGCUAGUUUACAACAAUGAUUUUGUCUCCUGCUAAACGAGCUGAGUUCCUCCUGCUUGCUAGCAGAGGACUUCACCAAGUAGCUAUUUCCAUGAUUAAGGCAAAGAUGAAUCUACUACUCUAUCAAUAACAUAAAUUACUUUAGAAUUUGAUGUUUAAAAAGAACUAACCUUUUAGCUUUUACAUUGUAUAUAUUUCUCAUGUUAUGUCUUAAUCUUUUUUGUGUCACCAAUUAGUGCUAUGCCCUAGAGAUUCUUCAGAUAAACUUUAAUAAGUUCACAACUACUACCUCUAAGAGCACAUUGAUCCUGAGUAUUCGUUCUGUUUCUUAAGAUUUCUUAGCGCCAACCAAAUACCAAUCAUUCCAUACCGGGCGUUUUACAAGCUGACGAUGCUGGAGAGAGUGUAAGUGAAAUCGAGAUAUGUGGGUAGUUCCCCCUAACCUCGUCAGAGUAGUCCGCUCUAAGGGUAAAAUCCAAUGGAAAAGAGAAAUCAAGCGUAAGAAAGCUCAGAAAAAUUUCCCGAGCUCCAGAACUGUGGGAAAUUUCUGCGGAGGAGGCUUUUUUUUGGAUGGCCUCACCGUUCGUCCGAAAGUUAGAAAUUCGUUUCAGUAUCUACACUAGUGCAUUUAGGAGUGAAUACAAACGCAGAUAUUCCUCGGGUAAUAACUGUAAUGUUAAAUUUCAUUUUAGCAUGCUGACGGAUAAUCCCACACAAAAGAUCGAAACAGAGGCAUUUAAACUUGGAAGUUCAUCGCUGAACAUGUGA